AUGUCGGCGAAGCUUUUGUAUAACUUGUCAGAUGAGAAUCCAAAUCUGAACAAACAGUUCGGAUGUAUGAAUGGGAUCUUUCAGGUGUUUUACCGGCAGCAUUAUCCGGCGAGACGUGUUUCCGUUGGCGGAGAUGAGCUUAAGUCUCUGCCUUCAGGCAAAACAAGUGACAAUGUCGGUGUUACCAACGUUUCAACGGACAACAAGGAGACGGAGAAGAGUAAGAAGAAGAAGAAGGCUGCAAAGGAGAAACACUCAUCAGAAUCUUCCUCGAGACUGUCCUUUUCUUCUUCACCAUGCUCCUCUAGCUUCUCCUCUGCAGAUAUCAGUACCACGACUUCUCAGUUUGAACAACCCGGUUUGGUUCAAACGAGUAAUGGUGAGACUCCUGCAAGAGAACAGACGACCAACGGGUCGUCGCCGAGGUGGGGCGGUUUAAUGAUGUCGAGUGAUUUAAGGGAGCUUGUGAGAAGCUCUAUUCAUAAAGAGACAAGAGCCAGAGAUGAACAAGAAGUCUUGUCUCAGCAACCUAAAUCAGCCAGAGCUAACGUCUCUCUUCUCAAAGAACCAUCACCAUGGAGUGAAGGAAGGAGAGUAGUGAAGCUGAAAGACAGUCCUCGUUUCUCUUACGAUGAGAGGGAGACGAGAAAGACAGGCGCCAAGUUCAAAGAGACACCAAGGUUGUCAUUAGACAGCAGAUCGAAUUCCUUUAAGAGCGCAAAGUCUAGUUGCUCGCCAGAGCCGCAAGACCACCUUGUAGCGGGUCACAGAAGAACAACGUCGAGUGUUAUUGCUAAGCUGAUGGGUCUUGAUGUCAUUCCAGACGAGCCUGUUACUGAUCAGAGCAGAGAGAACCACUUCUGCGAUUCUCCCAGGCCACCUUCCCGAGUGGAAGCAGCAAGAAGUUCUGAUUCAGUCAAGAAGAUGAUGCCUGCCAAGUUUCCUAUGAAGACAGCUCCAUGGACGCAAGUGGAUGGUGCUAGGAACCAAGUCAAAGCAGCUGACGCUGCAGCAACGCUGACGGUUUACGGUGAGAUACAGAAGAGGCUCUCGCAGCUUGAGUUCAAAAAGUCCGAGAAAGAUCUCAGAGCUCUACAGCAGAUACUCGAAGCGAUGGAGAAGACGCAGCAGUUAAUGAGCAAAGAUGAUGACAACAGUUCCCUGAGCUCAACCAGUUUUAUGCAGCCAAGUCCAUCGCCCAAGAGUAUCAGAUCUUCCUCUAUUGUGGUUAUGAAAGCAGCAUCGGCUCCAGUGUUCAAAGAGACGGGCAAUUCUAGCUCCACCACUUCCUCGCCGCUGCGGAGUGUUGCUUUACCAAAUGUCAAGGUUUCAAACCUGAGGCAGAACCAGAAAGUUACUCCGAGGAAGCAGAGCGCCAUGGAUGUGACCCCAAGGCCAGGCUUUUACAAGGGCCAGACGGAUUCUGCAACAAGAAACACUAGCACCAGAUCAUUACAGUCGAAGAUCGAGAUGGCCAAGUCAGGGAAGGGCCAGAAGCCUAGUGUCAGCCCAAGAACACAGCCAAAGAAGCUUGGGUUCGAGAAGCAGUCUAGACCAACGUCUCCAAAACCAGAACCGAACAAGAUCCAAAGACAACAGCUUAGCAGGCAACAGACAACAGAAUCAUCAUCCUCCCCCAGAAGAAAACCAGGGAUGAAAUCUCGCGGCAUGCAGCAGUCUGAAGACCGUUUAAGUGAUGAGAGCAGUGACUUGAGAAGUCUAAGAUCUGACAGCAACUUAAGCUCGGCCUCUAUCCUUGACAUUGAGGUUACAAGCAGAUAUAAAUGUGACUUAACGGAGCAGCACACACCAAAACAAAGGAGUCCAGAACUUGGAAUGAGGCCACUGCCAAAACCUCUGAAAAUUACGGUGGAGCAGCCUAGUCCAGUUUCAAUUCUUGAUGUAGCCUUCGACGACGAUGAGUCACCAUCCCCUGUAAGGAAGAUAUCCAUUGUCUUUAAAGACGACGAUCAUAUACGUUCUGAAGAGUCUCUGUGGGUGAACAAGCACAACAACUUAUGUAGAUCUAUUGUGUGGCCUGAGAGUAACACGAGUCUAAAUCAGCCUGAUGCUGAACUUACUGAGAGUUUGAUGGAAGAAGGUGCAGAACUAAGAAAUGGUGACCACAAGUACAUCUCAGAGAUACUGUUUGCAUCAGGGCUUCUUAAAGAUAUCGACUACAACAUGCUAAGCAUCCAGCUGCACCAAGCACACCUACCAAUCAAUCCGAGCCUUUUCUUUGUCCUGGAACAGAACAAGAAAGGCAGUGCUACACAUGACAACAAACACAGAGGCAGAGGAUUCGGACAACAACAGGCGGCGAACCUGAUAGAGAGAAGCAGGAGGAAGCUCGUGUUUGACACCGUCAACGAGAUCUUAGCUCGUAAAUUCGCAGCAGAAGGGUGCACAAAACAGCCAUACAUAACAUCAUCCAUCAGCUCGCUAAUGACAACAGACAAAAGUUCAAGAGGGAAAGAACUUCUGGAAUCUCUGUGUUCAGAGAUUGAUCGAUUACAAGAUAACUCAAACUGUAUCUUGGAUGAGGAUGAUGAAGACCUCAUUUGGGAGGACCUGCAAAGCCAAGGCAUGAACUGGAAGGAGAUUGAAGGAGAGACACCUGGGUUAGUGUUAGACAUAGAGAGACUAAUCUUCAAGGACUUGAUAAGUGAAGUCGUGACAAGUGAGGUUGCAGCUUUUCCAGGAAUGCUCAGUGGGCAACCCAGGCAGCUUUUCCAUUGCUAAUAUGCCUACGUAUAACUGUAAGAAGGAUCUAAAUCAUCAAUUUAAAGUGUAGAAAACAUGUGAUUUGUUGGUUCUUUGAACCCUUUCCUAAUUUUUUUUAUGUAAAGACUCAACUUAAGAUAAAGGUACAUGAUGUGUGAUCCAUUUAGCAAAGUGAAGAUCAAACACAACUUUUCUGAA